AAUCAAAAUUUGGAUGAUGCGCUUCUCUCGUUCGCGUCUCCUGGGACACUGGGGAAAGCCCUGAAUGAGACAAAAAAGUCCCUUAAUCCUACCAGAGAAGCACCGUUUUCGAUCUUCAUGUUCGUGCGAAAGUAAGUAACGGCCUUAUUUUCAGAGCCUGGACGGUGAAAGGCAAAACAGGAGGGAACAAGGACAGUAGUCCAAAAAGAGGAUAGUGGGGGACGCCUCUUAUGUCAACGUGUCAACAAACAACAGCAGCGAUCGGCGGCGCGGAUGUAUUUUAUAUUGGCUUAGGGGGGGAUGGCGGUUGCUCCCGCCCUCAAGGAUAAGUCCUUAAUGAGCUGACUAUUAGCCGACGCCCUCAUGUCGUCCCCCGCACUCACCAUUGCCAGAUCUCCAUAACUAUGCCCUUCGUUGACCUCGUCUCGAAGGAGGACUAUGCUUCCCUCUGGUACUACACAAACUCUCCAUAUAAUAAUGUCGGCGAUUUCAAGCCCGAACGGCCGACUAUCGUUAUGCUGCAUCCGUUCAUCAUGGAUUCUACUUGGUGUUACCCUCAGCUAGACGAUCCCCGCUUGAACGAGAACUACAAUAUCGUCAUAUUGGACACGAGGCUUACGGGAAAGUCGGUGUGCAAGUUCAGCGGCAAAUAUGAUCUUUGGGUCGCGGCAGCGGACAUUGCACACGCGUUCCAUCACUUGCGGCUACCUGCUGCUCACAUAUUCGCGAGUGAGGUGUUUGUCCUGGUUGCGCUAAGGCUGGCGAUCCUCUUUCCCGAGCUUUGCUUAAGCUUGACAUUGUGUAACGUUCCCCCGGAAGAAGAGAGGAAAGAUGUUUUGAACAGUCUUGACGACAUCUUGAGUCUGUGGUGCCAUGCUCAAGAUCUGGCGACUUUCGAACAUGCGAAUCGAGACCUGCUUGAAUUUGCCGCCGGGAAGCGUUUGGGCAAAGCAGGUGGUGGUUCCCCGCAGAAUUCCAUUAGUGACCGUAACAGAGAAGCCUAUCGCGACGUCUUGGGGUCACUUGGGAGCGCGGAGAGACAUCUGGCGUCCGCUCACGCCGACAAGCUGGUUGAAGUUGAGCUCGAGGAUGAGCUUGUCUCGUUUUGGCAAACCACAUAUCCCCCUUUCAGGCGGUCCUAUCUCAUGAGUUUCAUCCAAACAUUCUGUCAUGAUCAGCGAAUACCACUGACGGCAGAUGAACUGGCUCAAAUUGAAAUGCCGGUAAUGAUCAUGCAGGCUGCAAAUAACGCGCUGUAUCCUGUCAAGUAUGCCGAAGCGCUGAGGAAGAAACUCGUGGGUGUUCCUAACGGAGCCAUGCUACAACUAGUGCACGGUCGAGUCGGGUUUAUAACGCUUGUUCGGUCCUCCAUUGUCAACCAGCUUUUCUCCAAGUUUCUCGCCACGCUGGAACGUCCUGGCCCACAUGAUGAAUGUGCUGCGUCAUCUCUUAAAUUUACAAUGUCCCGCGCCCUCCAGAGGCUCUCACUACUCAAGAAGGAUCCUUCCAUGCGGCAGCGGGAUGUCCUCACCCCGUUGUCGUUCUCAUGUUGUGAUGACGAAACUGCUCAAAAACAUAUCGAGUUGGUGAAGAGUUAUGCAAAGGGUCAACGGAGUGCGUUUUCUCCUCUAGGUGCCGACGGGCGGCCUAUACGCAAGUUCUCUGAGCGUAAAGACCAUUGGCUGUCAGAAGAAGAUCUGGAUGGUCAAGACGAAGUGCGAAGGGAGUCCUUCCACAAACCUCCUGCAGUGUGGGUUGACCCACCCCCGAGCUCAGACGAGAAAGACGACGUGGCGUCGCUGGCUACGUUUAGCAUUUCCCGUCGAUCGGAGUAUUCCAGUGGUUCUACCAUUGAGAAGGUACCGACUCGCAGUGACACAAGGAAAUCGGUACAAAAACAACUCAUUCGGCUUCUACGGUAACCCACACUCCUUCCCACUCAUCUCUGGCGCACGAGCACUCUCCUUCAAUCUUGGUGAUAUAGUCUACAUCCUGUUGUAUUUGCUUACACCACCGGUCUGCCCCUUUCUCCGUCCUAGAUAUCCACCUCGGGCAGGUAAUUCACUUGUACAGCGUACCAUUCAACCUAAAGCUUGUCUCUAGCAUAUAGCUCAUGAUCUUUGUUACGGCCUCUAUUACUCCACACUUUUCGGAUAUACCGUUUGGAUCUCAAUCUGUAUCAUAGGUACCUUCGUGUCCAUGUCUUUUCUAUCUAUCACAAAAUUGUCUACA